AACCUCCAGAGCCCGCCAACGUCCAGAAGACGCAAUUUCCUUCCUCUGCCAGCCCGAGGCGCGUUCCCGAGCAGCGCUGCCGCGCGCACUAGCGCAGGGCUCCCGCCGGAACUGCAGUGGUGCCGGCGUUGACGUCACGCCGCUGCGGCGACCAAUCGAAGGCCGCCGAAUAUCGGUCCCCGCGAAAGCAGGGAGGGGCGGGCGCUCGAGGAAGCGCACGUGAGGAACCGCCGGCGUGCGCACGCGCAGUGAUGGGUCCGGGCCUGAGACUGGGGGCACGAUCCUGGGGGCGCCUCCUGCAGCUCCUGCGGCCCCGCGCCGGCGCGGGCUGGCCCGGCGCGAGGCCCUUCGCGCAGGCGCAGAGGCAGCCCACCUCGGUCCUCGGUCUAGCGACGGGGGCGCGAGGGCUCUGGAGAGCAGUGCGGCUAAAUGAGGCCGUCGUCCCGGCGGAGCGGGCCGCAACAGCUCACGUGGGCCCCAGAUUCGACAUCGACCUGCUCGUGUCCCUCCUGAGGCAGGAAAAUGCCCGGGACAUUUGUGUGAUCUGGGUCUCCCCUGCCCUGAAGUACGUGGAUUACUUUGUGGUCGCAAGCGGGGCCUCCCCCAGACACCUCCAGGCCAUGGCCCAGUACCUCCUGAAAACGCAUAAAUUCCUGAGAUCCCCGAGGGAGGCUUUCGCGCGGAUCGAAGGGAAGGACUCGGAGGACUGGCUGUGUGUGGACUUUGGCUGCAUGGUGGUUCACCUGAUGCUUCCGGGGACUCGAGAAACCUAUGAAUUGGAGAAGUUGUGGACUCUGGGCACGUGGGACGACCAGUUAGCUCAGAUUGCCCCAGAAGUGCUGCCCGAAGACUUCAUCCUUGGAUUUAGUCCAGAAGGGGAGCCUUCAGCAUUCCCUCCAUUGGAGUUCAAGAGAAAAUAAAUGGAGAGCUUCAAAUGGGAAA